AUAGUCAUUAUUAUCCUUAUCUGGAAAUUACCAGCGGGGAAAAUCCGCGUUACAAAGUAGUACGAAAAAUCAACCUAACCAGCCCCAAUGAAUAUUAUGGUCCUUUCCCUGAUGGCAGUAAAGCCCACGAAAUAUUACAGUUAUUAGAAAGGUUGUUUCCACUCGCAAAAUUGGUCGCUAAAUCCUACUAUGAAAAUAUUAAAAAAGAAGUCAGAAAAUUUUUUCAAGGUCAAACUCAGGAAAUAAAAAAGAAAAUCAAAAACUCCCUGCGAAAAAAUAUUACUAAUUUGGCUUUUGAAAUCGCCCAAAAAGAGAAAAAAAUACUGGAUAAUAUUGACUUUUUUACUAGUAAACAAAAUAUUGAAUUUCUCAAAGGAGAAAAUUGUGAUUUUUUGGGUAUCCACCAGCAAGAAAAUGUCCUAGCUUUUUAUCUUCUUAUUUAUCGUUAUGGAAAAUUGGUGGCGACUGAUGAAGCAGCCUUUCCGAUUUGGGGUAACCAAGAAGAAGUUUGCGAAACUUAUCUCUAUCAGUUUUACCAGAAGAAUUUGCCACCCCAAACACUUUAUAUUUCGGAAAAAUUACCCAGUCUCGAAUUAUUAGCAGAAGAGUUUAAAUUUUUCCUAAAAUCACCCCAACGAGGCCGCAAAAAGGAAGUAAUUAAUUUAGCUCAGCAAAAUGCUCAGCAAGAUGUAGUGGCUGGUUUUUUAGUUUUUAUUAAUGGAGAAAUUAAUUUAGCCAAAAGCAAGUUAUAUAAAUUAAAAGAGAGUGAACAAGCAAGUGAUUUGUCUCGAAUAAAGACGGCUUGCCGUAUUCAUUAUCAAAAAUAUUCGCCAGGAACGUUGCCUGACCUAAUAAUAGUAGAUGGAGGAAAAGAACAAAUGAAAGUAGUCCAGAAAACUCUAAAUGAACUAGAAUUAAAAACGGUAGUAAUUGGAUUAGCCAAGGAUGAAAAACAUCGCACUGCCAAAAUAAUUACUAACAAACCAAAAGAGUUGGAUUUUGGGAAAAAUGAGAGAAUUAAGAAUUUUUUAACUAAUUGUCAAGAAGAA